ACUUCCGGUUUGUGUCAUUUCAUUUCUCAGCUGGAAGUGGCGAGGAGUGUUGUUCAGGGUUAAGAAAAUAACCCUUUUCCUACUAUCAUGACACGUCCGUAAAUUUUACUGUUGAUUUCGUUAAAAUGUUUGUUGUUGAAGAUAUUUUGGCGUUGUGUUAAAAUCCAUCUGAAGAGAAAUGGCGACUUUAGACGAGUUAAAACUUGAGGUGGAUCGGCUGACCCGCGAACUCGAUCAAGCGGUCAGCGAGAAGAUCCAGUCGGCGCAGUAUGGACUUGUCCUGCUGGAAGAGAAACAGGCUCUUCAGCAGAAGGUUGAGGAGCUGGACAAUUUAUACGAAAGCACCAGAAGUGAACUGGAGAUCACGCAAGAGGCUGUAGCUAAGUUUCAAACAUCUCACAAGGUGACUACACUGUCCGGAAUAGAGCAGGAGGAAUCACUAUUAAGUGAAUCGGCCAUGAGGGAAACCUCACUGAACUCUCAAAUAUUAGAUCUUGAGAGUGAAACCAAAUUUCUCCGUGCUGAACUUGAAAGAGUAAAAGCAGAGAAGGAGAGCAUGUCUGCUGAAAUCAACAAUUUCAUUAAGAGGGAAGAUGAACGAGAGGGCGACCGAAAACAAAUGCGGUGCGAGCUUCGAGAAAUCAAAAGUCGAGAGACUAGCUGGUUGACUGAAUACUCUGAACUCGAGGAAGAAAACAUCUCACUUCAGAAGCAAGUCGCAAGUCUCAAAUCAAAUCAGGUUGAGUUUGAAGGAGUAAAGCAUGAAGCUAGGCGCUUAGCAGAAGACGUUGAUUUGCUUCAUGAACAAGUUGCCGAGCUGAGCAACUUGAAGAAAAUUGCUGAAAAGCAGUUGGAGGAAGCUUUAAAUAGUUUACAGGCUGAGAGAGAAGCAAAGUAUGCUCUGAAGAAAGACCUGGACCAGAGAAUGAAUAGCCAAUCCAUGUACAAUCUCAGCAACCUUGCUCUGAGCAUCAGAGGACUUGCUGAAGGUUCUGGCCUUGGAAGUGAUGGUGAGGAGGAGGAAAUGCCCGAGUUGAGAAGAAUCGAAGCUGAUUUGCAAUCUGAUGAGAAUGCUCCCAAGUCUAAAGACAAACAAGUCGACCUCUUCAGUGAAAUCCACUUGAACGAACUUCAGAGGCUUGAAAAGGCAGUUGAGCAGGCUGAAACUGACAAGCAACUACUGACACAAAGUCUCCGUGACGCCCAAGGCCAAUCUGAAAAGAGUCAGGCUGAAUUGCAGGGAUUGAGUGCUCGCAUCGCCACUCUUGGUGCUCAUAUGGAGAGCCUUCUCUCCCUUAAGGAACGUCUCCUUCCCGAUGGAAUUGUGCCCAAAGAUGUAACUGCUUUGAAAGACUGGUGUACACUAUCAAGCCAGGAAAUCAUGGAGCUGCAGAAGCAAUUGGCUGAACUGGAGUCUGGUCUUAACUACUCAGAAGCCGCCCAGCAACUGCGAGAAGAUAUUGCCAAUUUGAAGGGAAAGCUCCUGGAUGCUGAACAGAGAGCGAGAGGAAUGUCUGCUGACUCGGUGGUUCUUGCUGAGCUGGCGUCUGAGGCUAGCAAGGCCUUUGAGGCUGCUCAAACCGGAUUAAGCACCACCUGUGAUGAACUAGCCACUUUGUAUCACCAUGUGUGCACAGUGAAUGGAGAAACUCCGUCCAGAGUUAUGCUGGAUCAUGAAAAACAUGUGAAUGAAGAUGGCAAGGUCAAGGUUGAAGAGGCGGAGAACAAGAUAAGCUCCAGACUAGACGAGAUUCGAUCAAAACUGCAGGCAGGUGGAGUGGAUGGUCUUGACAGUCUGUGCGAGGCAGCAAAUUUGGCCCACAGCGUUGAAACAGCCCUUGACCAAGUGAGACACCUCAGCAAGGCAGUCUACCACACCCUGGAGCAAGGAAAGGGUGCUCGAGCUGAAGAAGCUUCGAGGGACAUAGCUGAAGCGGAAGACCUCAAUGAGCAAGUUAUCAAGUUGAAGGCUCUGCUGUCCACGAAGAGGGAACAGAUUGCCACGUUGAGAACCGUCAUCAAGUCCAACAAAAACACUGCUGAGGUCGCCCUUACUAACCUCAAGUCUAAAUACGAGACAGAGAAGGCCAUUGUUAAUGAGACCAUGACCAAGUUGAGGAACGAACUCAGAGUGCUCAAGGAGGACGCAGCCACUUUCUCAAGUUUGAGAGCCAUGUUCGCUGCUCGUUGCGAAGAAUAUGUGACGCAAGUUGAUGAACUCCAGAGGCAAUUGGCAGCAGCCGAAGAUGAGAAGAAGACGCUGAACCAACUGCUACGCUUGGCCGUCCAGCAGAAGCUUGGCCUCACCCAGCGCCUCGAGGAGCUGGAGGUGGACCGGGAGAUGAGGAACGCGCGCGGUCGGCACCUGCAGGCGCAGAGAGGUGCGCCUGGUCCUGGCCGAGUGGGGAAUCGGCCCACUCGCCCUCAUCGCAGUGGUGCUGGUGAUUUCUUUUAGCCCUUCCUGUACAUUAUACACGACUAACUUCCUUCCUUGAAGCUACGCAACAUAGAAAUCUCUCAGAAUCGCUCGCCCCAGACGCCGAGGGUGAGGUUCUGAAUUAAUGUCCAAGUAAAUUGUACCGUCCCUGUUUUUGGUGGUGGCGAGUUCGUUUUUAUACACGUAACAAUCGCAUUUUUUAUCGUUAAGUGGGGCUGAUUUGAGAGGUCAGUGUUUUGGAAGCCACUGACUGGAAACGCCAUUUCAAGAUCGUCAUAGUGUGAUAAAUGUUCUAAUUUAUUGGCAACUAUGCAUACUCACCGAAAAUGGUGUGACAAACACUUGCAAAAUCAUUUGAUGAAUAGUUAUAUAUUUUCUACGCGUCAUCCUCUCGUUCAAACGAGAGGGCUGAUAAAUAAUUAUUUUCGCUCUCGGACUACUCUCCUUGGUCGCAAAGAGGCCACUAGUUACUCUUCUCUUCUCUUUCCUUUCUCUUGUUACUAAGUGAGCUAUUUUCAACUUUUUAUCCUUUUUGUGUAUUCGUUCUUGUUAUGACCGAAUUUUACAGAGCAUUGGUCAAUAUUUUACUUAUAAAGUAAGUAUCGAUUUUGGGUCUUUUCCAUAAAUUGUGAUAUGAAGACAAAUUGCAACUUUUCCUCUGCCAAGGAUAUCUCUACUCGCUUAUGUUUUAUUUGCUGACAAAAUAUUCUUCCAAUGGUAGGGUAGAUUAAAGGCAACUAAUAUCACCAAGGGUCACAUCUUUACUGACUCCUUAUUUGAUAACACUUUGAAUAUUUACUAGUCCGAAAUCAUUGGAAGCCUGGUGUCGGAGUUGCUCUGUAGAAGAAUCGAGCAGAACUUACUCAUGUAAUUCGGUAGGGAAAUUGUUUUCCAGAUCGCAGGGGUAUAAUUUCACUAUAUUAUUUAUUUAUUGUGCGAUUCUGUUCGUUGAACACGUUAACUUGAUAACUCACCAGCGCAGUUACACCUAAUAUUUAACCAAGCAAUGUUACGUCAACUUUGUUGCUUUCUAAGCAUUUUGAUAGUGGCGUAGUAGAACUGGUUACAAGGAUAUAAUUGUAUGCACUCAUUUAUUUAUUGUAUUUGAAUUCAUGUUGAUGACCAGUGCACUGUACGCAUUAUGAGCUAGCCUUUUUACCUGAACUAUUUUUUAAUGUUCAUUAAGUAAACAUUAAAAGUCUGUUAAAAUUACAA